AUGUCCUCCAACAGCAACACCCGCCGCAUCUACCUCGGGGCCUUCGCGGGGGGGCACAACGUCCACAUGAUCAGGGUUCUUAGCGUCCCUGACACCGUCUCCGGCCCCGGUUCCGCUUUCCCCUCGGCUUCGGCCUCUUCUUUGUCCUCCUCUGCUGCUGCUGGCCCCUCGUCGUCUGGUGUUGUUUGUCAAGACAAUAUCAACAACAAUAACAACAAAAACAAGAACAACAAAGUCGACGAGGGGCACGACAGUGACAGUGAAGAGGAGAGUGAUGAGGAUGACAACGACGAUCUCUUCGGAGAUAAAACGUACGAGCGGAUUGCGCGAGAGAAAGCUGCUGCUGCUGCUGCUGCCGGGGGAACCGGCAAUAGUGAUGGUGAGGAGUCUGAGUAUUCCGGUGAGGAUGAGGAGGAGGAUGAUGACGACGACCUCUUCGGCGACAAAGUGUACGAGCGCAUCGCGCCGGAGAAGGCUGCCGCCGCCGGUGCUGGUGCUGCUACUUCUGCCGCUGAGGGGGUCGCCGUCGCCGAGGGGGAGGCUGAGGGUGAGAUGGGCUUGGUCACGCCGCCGCGGGAGGUGGGCCAAGCCGACAAGAAUAAUUCCAAAGUCGACAAGAAUGCGGAAGAGGCCCAGCCCAGCACGGCCGAACCAGCCCAAGACUCCAACGACGACAUGGCCAGUCUCUUUGGAGAGGGCAAUCUUGAUGGGUUGUCGUCUUUCGGGGACGAUGACCAAAACGAAAACGACAAGGCCGACGACAAGGACGACGAAGAGUACGACCCGCUGCAUAAUUUGUCUGCAGCCGAGGCCGCACUCAUGGAGUCCCUUUUCCCCGGUUCCCUGGCCCAGCUUGGUGUGAGUGCCGGCGAGGGGUCGGCUGCUGCCCCGGCCGCGGGUGCUGCUUCCUCCUCUCCGGCUCCUGCGCCCGCUGCGGCUAUCGUCCCCUCGCCGGCACCACUCACCCGCUCGCCCUCGGACCUGGCCCCGGCCGCAACCCGCUCGCCUUCGCCCGUUCCCGCCCGGGCCACCCAAACUGUCUCCCGGUCCCGGGCCCGGUCUCCAUCUCCGGCCCCGUCAGAAGAAGAUGGAAGCGACAACAAACCCGACGUCCUGACCGUCAUCGGCUUCGACGGGGUGGAGAUGAACAGCCGGGAUUUCCUCCGCAACAGGGGACACUGUGGCGGAUCAGGGGAGUAUGGCCCGUCGCAGUGUUUCCCUGUUCCGGAGGAAGAGAAAAAGAGGAGAAAGGAGGAGGCAGAGAAGAAGAAGAAGCAAGAGGAAAAGGAGCAAAAAAAAAAGGAAGAGGAGGAAGCAGAGAAGAAGAAGAGGAAGGCCAAGAUCAGGGAGGGGAAGAAAGUCGAUAGGGGGGUGGGGAGUGCAACCGGGAUUCAGGGUAAGGGCCAAGGUCAUCAAAGCCAAGGGCCAGCGUCCCAGUCCUGUGUCCCAGCCCCUCCCCCGUUUAGCCCCUCCCCGUUUAGCCCCUCCCCGUCAACCUCACCCUCUUCCGCGCCAACUUCAACCCCCCUGGCGUCAACCUCUUCAACCUCGGGGUUAACCCUCCUAACGCCAACCCCAACCCCCCCAGCCACCACCACCAGGACCCCCAACAGCCUCCUCGCCCCAGCGCCCCCCUCAUCAGCCGGCGACAACAACACCCCCGUGCGAGUCUCGUACAUCAACAAAAAAACGGGGGAAAAAGUCACUGAGCGCACCAUCAAGCGGCGCGAAAAAAAAGCCCGCGCCGAGAAUGCUGCAGAGUCGUGGAGAUUGCAGUCGGCCAACAGUACGGCGAUGCAUUUUCUGGAUUUUGGGAACGGGAAAGCGGGGGUGGGGGGCUCGAGUUGGGGGAGGAAGAGGAAGAGGAUGGAGGAGGAGGAGGAGGAGGAGGAGAGGAAGAAAAGUUAG